AUGCAUGAUCAAUGGUAUUUCGCGAGUGAACAAAUACCAGAAGGUUUAUAUUUAAUUGAAGCACUUCAAUCUGGCAAGUUUAUAACAUUUACACCUGAACGUUCGACAUUAGUACAACAAGAUCAAAAUGCAGAAAACGACAAUGAAUCACAAGUAUUUGAAAUUCAACAUAUUGGUUAUCGUGAUUUUAUUAUUCGACAUCAUUUAACAGGACUUGUACUUACCGUACAUAACGCUUCACCAUCACCAUGUGCUCCAGUCGUUUUAUCUCGUUAUAUGGGAGAUCGUACACCGUAUCAAACCGUAAAUUUUGAACGAUCAAAUAAUCAAUCAAAUGAUAUGAUUAUAUUUAUAAAACAUACACGUAUGGUAAUUGAUAUUGAUGGUGGAAGUCAAAGUUCAAAUGCUCGUCUUCUUCAAAUUCCCCAAAAGAAGAAUAAUUUUGAUCAAACAAGUCAACGUUUUCGUCUUCAUCCAUUUAUUAAUCGACGUACACAGGAAUUAACUAGUACUAUUCCCGAUGAAUUUUUUCGUUAA